GAGAAAGAAAAAAAAAACCUAAUUCGUCGUCGCUCUCUCUUUUUCAACAAAAUUUAUCUACAGAUUCUUCUUGCUCUUUGUCUCUCUCUCUCUCUCCCUUUUGAUUUCUAAAUUUGAUACGAUCCAAAUGGGUUUCUCCAAAGACCAGCUGCUUAAUCGACUCCAGGAACUUGAGAUUGAUUAUACCAAGUAUGAACAUCCCCCUGUUCUAACCGUCGAAGCUCAGGCCAAGUAUGUAAGCAGUAGUGAGGGAGCACUGAGUAAGAAUCUCUUCUUUAAGGACAAGAAACAUCGGUAUUACAUUGUUUCAGCCAUGGUUGAUACUAAAGUUGAUAUGAAAGUUUUAUCUCAGAGACUUGGUCUUGGGAAAGGAGGAAUAAGAAUGGCUCCUGAAGAAGCACUUACUCAGCUUUUGCAGGUGUCCCUUGAAUGUGUUACCCCGUUUGCAGUUGUAAAUGAAUCUGCAAGAGAUGUGUCGCUCUUGUUAGACCAAAACUUCAAGAACCAAAAGCGCUGCAUAUUCCACCCAUUGUCUAACGAAGUCUCUGUCUCUCUUAACACAUCUGGUCUGGACAAAUUCCUCAAGUCGAUUGAGAGAGAUCCCGUAUACGUUGACCUUGAGGCUAACCCGGCGGUUGGUAAAGAUCAGCCUCCAGAUCUAGCUGUUUAUGUUCCCUCUAAUUCAGUUGUAAUUCCCGAGAUUUCUAAUGAAACAUCUACGAAACAAACCCCUCCUCCAAAAAGUGUGUCAGCAGAGGUUAAGCCUGUCGCUUCAGGUAUGCCCUCUGAUGUAUCAGCCAAACCGAGCAAGCCAGCCACUAAGGGUAAGAGCGUUGUCGUGGAAAAGUCAACCCCGUUAGCUUUCAAGAACCCCGAGAAGUUUGUGGAGGAGAUUAUGGACAAAACAUCGGCUCUAUUAUUAUCCGAGGCUAAAGUAGAGAAUGUGGAGGCUUUGGCAGAAACACUGAGAAAACGUCUUACCUCAGAGUUGACUCACCUCGCUAUUAUGUACAAGAACACAGCGUACACAGAAGGUUUUCAUGCCGGUAAACACUCCCAGCCGAAGCGACUGUAAGAAGUUUUGGUUUGGUAUGUUGAACCGGAGAUAUUUGCGGGGGAGAAAUCAUACCGGUUAAGCAUUUUAUCUCCGUUGUACAACAAUUUUAGUUUAGACUGAAAAUGAUUUACAUAUACAUGAGCCCAGAACCAUUACUCACUUAUUGUUGCUUUGUUCAAUCCAAGAGAAAUCAGUUUGUUCCCA